GCAUUAGAAUGGGCAUCAAUUUGAUGCCUGUGGCAGGAGCAAAAGUAUUGUGGAUCACUCACCUGGGGCCUUAGUGCUUACUUAAAUGAGUCCAGAUUUUGCAGCAGGUGCUCCAGGCCUGUGGAGGUCAGGUAAGAUUCCCUCAGCAGACAGUGUGCUUUCUGUGCUCAGACAUAUUGUGAUGUAAGGGGAACAUUGCACAGUCGCAGGUAUUAGCAAUGAGUGUGUCUGGAGAAGGGAGCGGGGAUGAGAUUGCUCCCAUGUUAUGGCAUACACAAUGACUGUCCUGUGUGGGGAAGGCGGUGUUCUGUGGUUCAUUGUGACAUGCUGCCAGCAUCCUGCAGCCUGGCCUUGUCUCUAAAGCAGCCUAUGGGGUAUUGUCUUUGUCUUGGAAUAUGCUUGGAGGCAAGAGUACUUUCCAUGGCUUGGUCAUAUGUCAGGUCAUGGAGAAAGUUGCCAGUGGAGGAACAUCUGGAGGACUAAGCAGAUGGUCCCACAGGCAAAGCAGCUCAUUGUCCCACCCACACAGUGCUCCUGCAUUCAGGUUCAUCCUUGCACAUGUACCUGGGUCACGCACAGAUAGCCUCGUGUCAUUAGCCUCUACAGGGAGUUCACAAAUGGGAUGCAAAGUCCAUCUUUUGGGCCCCUAAAUAAGCCACCAGGCUUAGCAAAACACCGAGUACCCAGAACCUCCCUCUGGAGUCAGGGCCUGACUUUUUGAUGCCCAUUUCUGCAAAUCUGGCUCAGCACCUCCAAGGCUUUGUGGUCAGGAGGAACAGUCGAACCAACUUGAAGACCUGGCCUUCCAUACCUGCUGUUCCACAGCCACAGGUAUCUUCACCUACACUCCACACUGUUGACAAAGCUCUUUCUGACUUAGCCCUGUAAGGCUCCAUCAACCUCUCAGCACUUUCGUCAACCCGAGUUGUUGCCCAUAUACAACAAGACUGUAAAGUCCUUAUCAUAGAAGCUCUUAGCUCUCCUCUCUGUCUAAGCCAGUGGUUCUCAACCUUUUUAGACUCAAGGUGCCCCUUGCCAGACUCAAGGUACCUCUCCAUAAUUUUUGUGAAUUGAGCAGUACCUCAUUUUAUAAACUAAUUUAUUUUUUACAGGAUUUACUUCCUUUCAGGGGUGCAAGCAGUGGGGUGGGGAAGUACCUAGGCAAAGAGCCUAAACCUGCACUUAUCUGCUUAUCUCUGUGGCACCCUUCAAAGGAUCUCACAGCACCCCAGGGUGCCCUGGCACCCUGGUUAAGAUUAAUUGGUCUAAGCCUUGACCUAACCCUGGUGCCAAAUCAUUUAGGUCACCAGUAGGCAACUUUUUCUGGCUGUGGGCCAAAAUGACCCACCUUGGGUCAGCGAAGGGUGGGCAGGUGCUCUGACCCAUCUGCAGCCAGCGCUUCUUUCUGUGGUAGUACAGGAAGAGCACACCCAGCUGAAGUCUCUUGUUGUUGAAUGCCACUGAAACCCCAGUGGCUCCGUGGGCUGGAUCCAGCCUGCAGGCUGCAGGUUGCCAGCCCCUAAUUUAGAUCAUUCAGUGGUAACUGUCAAUGUGAAACAGAUCUCUAUUCUGGAGUUAUUUAAGUGUUAUGGGCUUGCAGGGCUGUCUCCAUCCUUGGAAGUCUCAGAGCAUGUUCUGUCAGGGCCAAAGAGAUAUAUACAGCAUGUCUUUGAAGUGCCUUUAUCUCUGAGAGAUGCAGGCUGAAUACCUGGGGUUCUAACUGAGCUCUAUCACCUUUGAUUAACUCUAGUUUCUCAGCUGCACAAUGACAGUCCUCAAAGAAAGGUGGAAAGGUGCCUUGCUAGCAACUAUAGUUCCUUGAGUAGCUUAUCCAUACAGCUCCUCAUCCCAGUUUGUUCUCUGAGUUAGUGUUUAUGGGGGAAGGAGCAGGAGGUCGACUGCCACCCCCAUACAGGCCUGCGACAUGGUUUCUAUCUUUGCCAGCCAAAACAGUCUGACCCAGGACAUGGGGUUGAACACUGCAGGCCAACCCCAGAGCAUAGAGCAUUCUGAUUGGGAACCUGGGGGGUCACAGCUUUUCAAAGGUGGGAGGGAGGCUUUCUAGUGAGGCAGCUGGCAGAGCUGCAGGUAUGGCACUGGGUCUUUCCCAGCCUGGCUGUGUUUGAUAAUGGGAUGAGGAGAGGAGUCUUAGGAAUGGGGGAGCUGCAUCAGCAGCCCUGUGGCUGGUGACAUGGCUGUGUGGAGCUGUGUAGAUAAGUAUUUAAAAGUUCUUGCCCGGUAACUCCGAAAGCGGCAGUGGCACUUCAAGGAUUGCUUGGCCUCCCCUACGAAUGGAAAAUGUUUGAAUGAAGCUGUUGGCAGGGGUGAUGCUGGUGACAGCCAUGGAGAAAAUAAAGGAAAUCUGAUGCUUGCUCUGUAGUCCUUUCUCUCCAAGGCAGCCUCAAAGUGAGGGAGCCUGGGAAAGGAAGAGCCAGAGAGUAGUUGCCAAUCGUAGGUCUUUGUCAGGCUGCCCUCAAGCCAGUUGCAAUAUAAAGAUCUGGUCCCUGCGUCUGCUGAUCUCUACCAAAUAGCAAUGAAAGACAUCUUUCAACCACUCUCUGCCGGAGCUGAGUGUGUGAUGGAUUCUGUAGCUAAUUCCCAGAGAUGCUCUGCCCCUCCACUACUGGCUUAUCUCCAUGUGGAGGUUGCUGGUGUAGCAUGAAUUCGUGCCAACGUGACCAGUUAUGGGCAGAGGUUUUGAUUUCAACCAAGCUCUCUUGGGGGUAGAGGAGUGCAAGGGACCUCUGAGGUUAUCAACCCUUGCUGUGAUGAGCAGCUGCAUCUAAGUGGCAAAGUCAAUCUUGUUCACAAACACAGCCAGCUAUAGGUCUCAGAGGCAAUUAGGAUUUUGGCCCCCACUAUUCCUAUUGAGAGGCUGAGCCAGAACCUUGCUGUUCUCAUGGUUAGAAACCUGCUAAUUCCCAUCUUAAAUCUAUUCAGGGACAGUUUAUACCCAUGUGUGCUUGUGCCAGCACUGCCUUUUAGCUUAAAUAGCAUUUGUCUCUCCUGGUUUGUUUACCCCGCUGAUGUAUUUAUAGACAGCAAUCAUCUCCCCUCUCUGCCUCUCGGUUGCUAAGCUAAACCUCUAGCAAUUUAGUUCAGUUCGCUGUGAAGUAGUUCAUACCAAGCUGAAACAAGCUGCUCCUAAACCCAAAUUACGGUAUUUACAUGGAGCCUUGCACUGGUUUCAGUCACAGCUUAAAUGAAACUGGUGUGGUUUGCUCAGGUGGGCUUGGCUUUUGGCCACAGCUUGUGAGAAAAGGUUUAUUGUGGGUGGGCUGAGAUGCUUUUGCUGAAGUGGGGCUUUGGGGAACAAAGCAUUAGCUGGGGAGAAACAGUGCAGAGAUCGGGCUAUGGGCAUCGUCACAACCACAGCCUAAUGCCUCACAGCACCCUGGACUGUAGGAAGCAUGCUGGGAUUGACCGUCUGGUCUCUCGCAGUGCCUGAACAGCUGGAGAGCUGAGACAUGGCUGCAGGAGGCAACUCCAGGGUCCCCACAGAUUGGCCAUACUGCAGAUAUAUUCCUUCGCUCCUGAAAACAGCUGGGCUCCCCAGGCUGCUUGUAUGUGAGGUCCCAGGCAGCAAUGUCAGUGGUGCACACGGCUGGGGUUGGCUUGGGGUGAGGAGCUCAGGGUCCCAUGGGGGUUUGUCACUGGGGAAGCCCAUGAGGGGAGAAAAAGGACCUCCACCCCAUGUUUGCAGCUGUCUACCCUGCAAAUCAUCUUUCUUUCUCUUUCUCCUGUUUGUUUAUUUGCAAUCUGCUUUCCGAGCCCUUUCUGGUGUCAGUUGACCAAAGCAUGUUUGAGAAUUCCAAUACUGCCCCCACACCAAAGCUGCAGCACAGCAGGUCCAUCUCCAAAGUGUCUCCCAUGCCUCAGCCAGCCCAACCUGCAGCUGCCGAGCCCAGCGGGGCCGGACUGCGAGCGGGAGGGAGCCAGCACCUCAGGAACCUGAGCAAGGCCGUGGGGGCGAAGGUGAAUGACUUCCUCCGCAGAAAGGAGCCUACCAGCUUUGGAGACGUGGGCAUGACAAAGAUCAAUGCCAAUGUGGGGGCCAUGCUAGCUGGUGGGACGCAUGCCCAGCUGGAGGAUGAGGUUCACGAGGAAGGGCUUGUGCUGCUGGAAGCCUUUCCCCGCCUUGACCCACCUCCCCCCGUGACCAAGAAGCGCACUCCCCGGGCUCUCAAGACCCCCCAGGACAUGCUCAUCUCCUCCCAGCCAGUUGUGAGCAGCCUGGAUGGCACCGUGAAAGCAGCAUCUGAGCAAAGCCAAGAGUAUCUUGACCAAGCAGCCCACAUGGAGGAGUGGAAGGUGGCAUGGGAUGUGCCUCAGCCAGAGGGCAAUGCUGAGCAAAGCGACCCUGGCAGAGUAGUGCAAAACGGGGAUGAGCCCAACCACAAUGGCGCCUUCCCUGUGCCUGAUCUCAUCUACAAGGAUAACCUGGAGGGCAAGUUGAAGGCUGCUGACAAAAUAGCAGCCUCUCCUCCCUGCCCAGAGAAACCUUCCCUCAGACUUAGCCUCGCUCCUGCCAACCACCUGCAUGAGUACCAGCCCCACGAGGACAACGGCCAGCCUGAGGCACAGACCUCUGGCCUGGAAAAUGAGGGACCCCACCCAGACCUCCUGUCCUUUGAGUAGCUGCCCUAGGGUCUGAGGGAAACAUGCGGACUAUCCUCAGGGGGGCAGCUCAGCAGAACUGGCAGGAGCAUACUGCCCACUCUGUGGAGGGGAACCCGGGCAGUAUGGAAGGACCAGGGCACUAUGCAGGCCUGGACCCACUACUUAUCUCUUUUGGCACUAGUGGAUCCUAUAUGGAGCAGAAGGAAAGACAGGAGGCCAGGGGCAGCCAUUGUGCCACUUCCUGCCUUGUGCAGUGCAACUGGCAGGCACCCUCAUCUUCAGUAUGGAGGCUUAGCUCUUGAACACCAUAGGUCCCAGUGUGGCACUGUCUUUUGCACAAUGUGAUAAGCAAUUUCUGUGGACUUUAGCUCCAGGCCAAAGAUGAAGCUGCCUGCAAGCUGCUGCACUGCACAGUGAGGGGCUGCCAUUGUGUCCUGGCCAGUGUGAUUCCUAGUUAGAUAUCUUUUGUGCCAGCAUCAAUGAUCAAGGAUCAGUGCCAGCAUCAAUGAUGUUCCCUACAGAGAUGUGGCGGGGGUUGAGGGCACUCUUUUAAUCCUUAGCACAAGACAAAAGCUGCCCUAGUAGCACCUAGCCAGGGAGUCUGAAUGCUCCCAGAGAGAGACACACAUGUAGAGAGAGAUUUUUGGUUGAUUGGAUUUUCAUGGUAGAGAGGAGAGCUGGUGGCUGGGUCUGCUGCAUAUCUGUACCUCAGAGGAGCCAGGAGAGAGGGUUAAAUAAUGUAGUGGAGGGGACAGAGGUCUAGUCAUUAGAAACUACUGGUACUAGCGCUUGAACAUCUUGUGCUCUGUUUCCAUCUAUGCCACCGAUUCCUUCUAUGACCUUGGCCCUGCUCCCUGUUUUAUAAUGUCAUGGGUACAUCACCUGGCUGGGGUGUGCUGGGACUAAAUUCUUCAGUGCCUGUACAGUCCUGGACAUUGUGAAGCAUUCCAGGUGUGCUACAUCUGUUGAUUAUGGCCUCAGUCUCCAUUGUUGUAGCUCUGUCACUGCUGUUGGUUUCCUAAUGUAAUUUUCUCUGCAGGGUGGCUGCGUGUAGUAGGAUAAUCUCAAUCCAUGCCUUGGUGAAACUCUAGAUUGUCCCUUCACACCUUUUGUCACCCUUCCCUGCCAUGCAACCUCCUGUCCUGAAGCCUGCCUUUUGUCAGGCUAAAGCUAGACUUGGGCCCCAUGUUUAGGAUAAGUCAUCAUUGCAGAGUUAACUUGGCUCAUCUGCACCCAGGGACAAGCACUCAGUUGGCUAUGUUCCAAAAGUGACCAGCCACCGUACCCCAUUCCUGUGUCUUCCCUGGUGCCACACUCACCUGGCUAUCUCGCUAGGACCUGCUGCCACACUUGGCUAUCUCUCUGGGACUGAUUGGGACAUAUCCCAUGGUCUUUUGCCACGCAGGAAACCGAGUCAUUCUGUGAUUCUUUCCUAGUGGGUUUGGUCAGACAGAGAAAUGUGGGAAGUCCUUGAAGGGCACCAGUGAUUCAGCAUGGUGUCCUCACUGCAAAACCAAAGGGGAGGUGGUGAGGGGUGGGGGGAUACUAGGUGCAGAGAAAGUGGAGUGGGAGCUGUAACCCAGGCUCCCAGACCAGGCCAGCUCUGGAACUACUCUACAUUUCAGGGAGAGCCCUCACCUAAGCUUAUUCUGCAGUAAGGACAUUGCCUUUGGAGUUUCAAGUAGUAGACAUGAUUGUGAGAGAAUCUAUGCAACAAUUCUGCUUGUCUCAUUUCAGAGCCAGCUAAGCAGGGCUCUGCAUCCUGCUUUCUGAGAACAGGCAUGGAGGAGGAGGAGGCUGAGGAGCAGGUUCACUGCAAGGACAGUGCAGCACUGUCUGGCUUUCAGCCUCAUUGUACUGAUGGAAGGGGCUCCUGAAAUGCUGUGGAUUCAAGCCUCAGUUCUUAGUUCACCUCUUACUCCACGGUGAUGAGCUGGUGGGGUGAACUUGUGCAGUUGUUCUGGCCCUGGCCCAGUCCUGAUGGGGUGGUUGGAUACUAAUGUAUAUGACUUCCCCUCCUGGGACAUCCCACAGCCUCAGAACAGAGGUUCUGGAAGACAUUGGUUUAAUUUUAUUCCAGGCCUAAUGCACUGUGAUUCCCUCUGUUUUGUCCCUGGGUCUCCACUCCCCUGGGUUGGAAAGUCACCUGCAAAAAAUAUCAAGAGGCAAAACCCCAAUCUCAGAUUCUUAGCUGGUGAGAAUUGGUGCAACUCCAUUGUCCUUCAGAAGGGCCACACGGAUUGCACCUGGCUGCAGCAAGAGCUGUGGCCAAACCAGUGGACGUUUCUCCUCACCACCUCACUUAGAGAUGCUCCUUGCAGUAAAGCCUUCCUGUCCAGGCCCAUUGAAAUGUCUGUGUCCACUGCUGAGCUGAUAGGAUGCGGGCAGUGACACCAAUGAAGUUAACUAUUUUGCACCAUCCAAACCCACCUCAUAGUCCUACCAAUGUAUGGAGGCCACAGCUGUCAACAGUACCAUUUGGACUCUGCAUUAACAUAUGAGGUGGAUGUGAGAAUAUUCCUGUGCCUUGAAUUCCCUUGUAAAGGGACCACCCGAGAAUGAAUCAUGCCUCCGAAAGUUGUUUUGAGUCCAGCGAAUGCUGAUCUGUGCCAUAGGAUCCUGGAUACAAAAUGGCCAUGUAUAUGUGUGUAUAUUCUGUAUAUGUCCAAUGCUAUCACACAAAUAGAAAUUAUAUAUAUAUAUAUAUACAUAUAUAUAUAUACGUACACUGCCUAUAUAAAACUAUGUAUGAUGUAUACUAAUCAGAAAACAGGAGCAUGUGUAAUCUCCCCGUUUAGUGAAGCAGAGCGUUUCAGGGCACCAACAUUUUGAAAAACAGUGACCCUAAUGUGUGCCAAAAGCCUCUAUUUAUAUUAGUUAGGAUGGAUACAGAGCUCAGAAUGAACCACACUGAUUGCACAAUAAAGAUCCUUUACAUGUGUUGCAA